AUGCUAAACGAUAACGAGCUUCAUAUGCAGGUCCUGGCAGGUUUUCAAAGAGAACCUACAGUAACUGACAAAUACGGUGUUCAUUUUGAAUACCAAGAUCUAUUUUCUCGACUUAUGGAAGUUAAAAUUGAAAGAGAAAGCAAAGCAAAAGCUUUGGAUAGAAGAAGAUCAGUACCAAAAAAUUCCCAGUACAAUAGAUCGCAGCAUUUAAAUUCAAUGCAAACUCAACCGCUUACCGAAAGAAUAAUGUAUACAGAAAUUAGUCAACCCAAAAAAAGGAAGCCAUCUACCAAUACAAAAUACAGAAUUCUACGUCCAAAUAAAUUUGAAAUUUCAAAGAGAAGUAUUUCUCUGUGAAGACAUCUUGAAGCACUAAAUAUUGAUCGAGGCGAUAUAAGAAAUCGACCGAGGACAGCUUCUCGAAAAAGAAUAAAUUUACAUAGAAAAUCUAUUGACCAAAACCAAUAA